GUGUGUGUGUGUGUGUGUGUGUGUUUAAGGCAAGACUCCCAAUAAUUUACAUCCAGGUGGGCCAGUCCACCCAGUACUUGAUGAGAGCUAUCCAUCCACAGUUACUGUUGGCUGGUUUGGUGUGAAUCCCAUAGCUCUGUGAAGUUUCAUGAAGUUUUAUUUUCCUGAGACUAUGUUUGGAUUUUUCCCCACAUCUGAGGAUCUGAGUUGUGUUGGUGACCUGGUCAGUUCCUGCCAGCUGGCUAGCCAGUGUCCGGCAUGAUCCCUGAGGAGAUGCUGGAGUUAGCCAGUGGACUGGGACAACUCUCUUGCACAAUGUGAAAGUGAAAUGCAGCUUUCAGAGCCCAGCAAGGAUGAGCUGUCGGCUUCAAAGCGCAGAGAGGAACCCUGAAGGCAAGGUCUCUAAGGUUCAUCAACUACAGCCUCGAUCUUUGACCUCACAAAGGUUUCAGAAUAACCCAUGGCAGAGGCCAUCAGUCCUCCAGAGGCUGAGAGCUCGACUCUGUGAUCUCACAAGUUCCUCCAGGCCCAAGACAACGAUGCUGUCAGCUCCAAAGAGCAGACUUGGUAUAAGGAAGGAAAGGGGCAUCACAUGCCCUACUCCCACGUCUGUUGAACAUGCAGACAUCCGGGUCAAGAGUUACAACCUGAGCUCCAAGGAGCGGUAUGUUUGUAACUCUGGUUUCAAGCGUAAAGCCGGGACGUCCAGCCUGACUGAGUGUGUGCUUAACACAACCACAAACCUUGCCCACUGGACAACUCCCAAUCUCAAGUGCAUCAGAGACCCCUCCCUGACUCACGAAAGGCCACCCUCCACACUAGCGCCGUCAGGGGUGACCUCAGAGCCACAGAGCCCCACCCCUUCUGGAAAAGAGCCAGCUUUCACUUCAAAGUCAGACACCACAGUGGCCACAAAGCCAGCUAUUAUACCAGGCUCCAGGCUGAUGCCAUCAAAACCUCCUUCUGCAGGAACCACAGGGGUAGUCAGUCAUGAGCCCUCCCAAGCCCCAUCUCAGACAACAGCCUUGGAACACACUCCCUCCGUCGCCUCGCAAGAGACGCCAGGUGCAUAUCAAUACAAUUCCAGAGUUGUGACUGUGGCCGUCUCCAUACCUGUCACCCUGCUUUUUGGAGUAUGUGUCGUGCUUCUUCUGGUAUAUUACAAAGUAUUAAGGCGUACUUCCCGGAGAGCCAAUGUUGAAAUGGAAAACAUGGAAGAUAUACCAAUGGCCGGGGGAACCAGCGGCAGAGAGGAGGACACAGAAAACUACCCACACGACCUAGGAAGCUCCGGGUGACAACUGAGGCCAGCAAAGGCUGGGGCGAAGGCACCAAGCCUGCUCUAGCCAGAGGACGUAGAAAGGACUCAAAGAGCUGGGCGCCAGGGAACAGCCCACCAGGAUGAUUAAACGUCCUGGCAUCAUUUUAUCCACUGUGCCCAGCCUGGGCACCACCUGUAUGAGUCAGCUCUCCAGGCUCAGGAUGGAUGCUCGCUGCCUUCCCUGCCCUGCCUGCCACAGGUGCAGGGCCGAGUUCCCAAAGUCUCAGCAGUUGAAGCUUUCCCGGAAGAGGCUGAAGGCCUCAGGUCUUCCCAUCAGGGCUUUUAUUUCAUUAUGACAUCGAUUCAGGAUAGCUUCUCAGCUUGACUAUCUCUUCCACCCCUCAUCCUGAUUGCAGUUUACAAAGAAAAGAAAUAUACCUGAGGCUCUAAGUGAAUUACGAGGCUCCUCCUGGCUUGGGAGACAUCUACAAGGAUGACACCAGCAUUUCAGCUCCUAAAAACGCUUCUCCAGUUAGGUGCUCUGCAUGCGUUGAAAGGGAGCAAAGAGAUACGGUGCCCAGUGAAUCCUCUUGAUUUAAGGAUUCAGAAAGAAGAACACUGAACUCAGUGACAUUUUCCAUAUAUGCCCAUUUAUAUUUAUACUUCCUUGUCUAUUAUAUCUACGUAUUACAUAUGAUUUGUGUUUUGAAAUUGUGCCUCGUAUAAACAAAAUAAAAUGUCUAUUUUCAAUAU